AUGAAUAGAAAACCAAUAAUAGGAAUUACUACUGAUUUAGCUCAAAAUUGUGAAAAAUAUACUUAUGCCGCCUUUCCUUGGUAUGCAUUACGUAAGAAUUAUACCGAUGCAAUAAUUGAAGCCGGCGGCGUCCCUAUGUUACUGCCAUACCAAGCUGAAACAAUAGAUCAUCUCAUGGAUUUUAUUGAUGGUGUUAUAUUACAUGGCGGUGAUGAAGAUAUACACCCUAAAUUUUAUGAGCCUGAAUAUGCUGAAGAUGUAAAAUCGUUAGAAAAAAAUAUACCUGUUUUAGGAAUAUGCCGAGGAAUGCAACUAAUAAAUGUUGUUUUAGGUGGCACUCUUGUUAAGCAUAUUCCAGAUUAUAUCGAAGAGACAAAACAGCCUAUUAUCAUAAACCAUAGCCAGCCUCAUCCUAAAGAUAUAGUCUCGCAUUCAAUUAGUAUAAAGCCGAAUACUAAGCUUGCUAGAAUAGCAAAUAAAAAGCUGGACACAAUGGUUAACUCAACUCACCAUCAAGCCAUUAAACAAAUUGGUAAUAAUCUUAUUAUAUCAGCAAAAGCAGAAGACGGGAUUAUAGAAGCAAUAGAAUCAACAAGUCAUAAAUUUCUUAUCGGCGUACAGUGGCAUCCUGAAUAUGUCAAUGAUAAUGGCAUAGACCUAGUUUUAUUCAAAGAACUAAUAAAAGCUAGUAGUAUACAAUAA